AUGGAAGGAUUCGAUUUACCAUUCGAAUUCGGUAAAAAAGUUAAACAAAAUGAUAUUUCAUCCAAGAUUUCAAAAACCAAACGAACCACCACCACAACCCCAUCAGAAAAAGACCAAGAAAAAGAAAAAGAAAAAGUAAGCACAAUCGCCCAAAACCCCCAAUUUUCAACCCAACUAACGAACUCCAUCCUCAUAAAGCUAAUCGAAACCACAUCACAAGAAGAAGCAGAAGAAGAAGAAGAAGAAGAAGAAGGAUUACCAAUCAGUCACGAAGUCGAACUAAAAGACCAUUCUAAGACGAUCUCAUCCGUUUCUCUUGACCCAUCAGGUGCAAGAAUCGUUUCAGGUUCAUACGAUUAUUUUUGUAAACUUUGGGAUUUCGGUGGAAUGAAUUCGAGUUUUAAACCUUUUAGAAGUUGGGAACCUAGGGAAUCUCAUCAAGUUCAUCAAACUCUUUGGUCGAAUACUGGGGAUUCUUUUUUGGUCAUCACUGCUUCUAAUCAACCUCAGUUAUAUGAUAGGGAUGGAAGUCAACUUGCUGAGUAUAUUAAAGGUGAUAUGUAUAUUCGAGAUAUGAGACAUUGCUCGGGUCAUAUUGCUGAAUUAACUAGUUGUGCUUGGCAUCCUAAAGAUAAUAAGACGUUUAUUACUUCAGCUGCUGAUUCUACUAUCAGGAUUUGGGAUGUAGAAAACAAACGGAAAUCGAAAUCGGUGAUUGUCUUGAAAUCAAAAGAACGUGGGACACGUACCAAGAUCACAGCUUGUACUUAUUCACCUGAUGGUAAAACUAUUGCAGCUGCUGGGAUGGAUGGGACUUUGAAUCUUUGGGCUACUAGUAGUAAUUUUAGUAGACCUAAUUCGUCAGUUGAAAAUGCUCAUCAAAAGAAUUCGGAAACGUCUUGUUUGCAAUUCUCGAAUGAUUGUAAAACGAUUGUAAGUAGAGGAGGUGAUAAUACUGUUAAACUUUGGGAUGUAAGAGCUAUGAAGAAAGCGUUGGUGGUUAAAGAUGGAAUGGGUUCUAUGAAUCCGGAAACUAAUUUGUGCUUUAGUCCUGAUCAAAAGUAUAUCUUGACUGGAGUCUCGGCUGAAGUGGAUCAAAACUUGGGUGGAAGAGUCGUGGUUUUAGAUAAGACUACACUUGAAAUCCAUCAAACAAUCGCCAUUUCAAAAGCUAAUGUAGUCAGAGUUUUAUGGCAUCCUAAGAUCAAUCAAAUCUUAACUGGUUCAUCAGACGGAACGAUCCAUGUACUUUAUUCACCGACUUUAUCGAGCAGAGGUGCGACUUUAUCAUUAAGUAGAACGGCCAGAGUGAGAGGAGCAGGAGAAGAAGAUGUAGAUUUAGAAAGGCCGAUCAUCACACCACAUGCUUUAUCGAUGUAUAAGACUGAUGAACCUAUUGUGGCAGGAGGUAGAGGAGGAAAGAGGAAGAGAGAAAGAGAAAGACAAGAUCCGGUGAAGACUUUGAAACCGAUGCCUCCUUUGACUGGGCCUGGGAAAGGUGGAAGGGUGGGGGCUAGUGCUACUCAACAUGUUGUACAAGGUUUGGUUAAGGAUUCGAUUCGACAUGAAGAUCCAAGAGAAGCAUUAUUAAAAUUUGCAGCAGAACAUGAAGGAGAAUCAUCCAAGUUUACAGGAGCAUGGGAAUCUACUAUGCCUAAACCGAUUUUUGAUGAAAGAUUAUUGGAAGAAGAAGCGAAAGAAGAAGCCGAAAAAGAAGCAGCAGAAGAAGAAAGAAGAAGAUUGAAAAGAGAAAGACCUACUAGGUUGAUUUGA